AAUUAUCGAUUUUUAAAAUAAUGUCUUUGACUGGUAUGUUACACGAGCCGGAUUAAACAAAUCGAUGAGCGUUGCUUGUGUUGUGUGAGGAAGCUGUGCUCGCCGCCUUCAUCAUGCCUAUGGAAGAAAAAGGUAAAGAAUAUGAGGAGCGACGAGGUCGAGGUCGUGGUCGAGGGAGGGGUCGGCCCAGAGGAAGACCAAAAGGCCCUCCAAGAGGGCUGCGUGUUAAAAAAAGAAAUAUGAUAGAGAGUGAGGAAGAUGAAGAGGAACCAACACCAAAGGAGAAUGAACCACCGAAGAUAAAACAAUAUGAUCAAGACUGUGACAUCUCAUCACUGGAGGCUCCUACUUUUACUACCUUAGACCGAGGCCCACCUGCUCCAAUGCUUCGCUUGUCUUGGGAUCAUCCAGUUAAUCUGAUUGGAGAAAAAGUACUUUCUCCUCGAAUUCACAUAUGUGAUGCAUGCAACAAACCAAUUCUCAUCUAUGGACGAAUGAUUCCAUGCAAACAUGUGUUUUGUCUAUGGUGUGCACGGAGUGAAGACCGAGUGUGCGCUCGAUGUGGGGAGCGUGUGGCCAGGGUAGAGCAGACUGGCUUAGGCACAGUGUUUAUGUGCAACUAUACCAUCAAUAAGGCUGUUUGCAAGCGUACAUACUUGUCCCAGAGAGAUCUUCAGGCUCACAUUGAUCAUCGUCACAUGAAAAUGCCUGGAGCUCCUGGUGUGCCUAAAGAAGACAUGAAGGAAGAACGUCUAAGUCACCGUGACCCUAGAGGGGAAUGUCGAGAAUCAAGAGGAGACCCAAGAGGGGAGGCUAGACAAGAUCCACGUUCCAUGUCAGACCCUAGAGUUGGAAAGGAAGGUUAUGAACACCGCGAAUCAUAUUCUUCCUCUCAGUUUCAACGUCAAGGGUCUGGACAGUUUAACAGUGGUCACACACAGUCACAUAAGUCAUCCUCUACCCAUCAAGGAGGAUCACAUCAUAUAUCUAUUAUUCCGGUCAUGACCACAGCACGGACCAACCUCAUUACAGUCCCACUUCAGGAUCCCCCUGAACACCCAUCCCACUCAUCUUUCCAGCACUCUGCUCCGUCUCAUCAAACACCCUCUCAUCCCCCUCCUCACUUGCCUCCAACUCAUCCCCCACCUACUCAUACAUUCACUAGCCCUCCUCCAGCUCACCCCCAGCCUCCUCCAACUCACUCCCAGCCUUCUCCAUAUUCUACAUCAUUUACCACACCAUACAGUAAUCAACAAGCCCAGUAUACCUACCCUCCUAACCCUGCAGCUCCUCCCCCACCAAACCCAACUGUUCCACCACCACCAUACUCAAAUGUAGCCCCCACUGUUCCACCUCCGACUACAUAUGGGAACCGGUCUCAGUAUGAAGGGCAGUAUGCAACAAAUACUCAGUGGUCUACACCACCACCACAAGCCCCACCUUCUCAUCCACCUGGGCCUCCUCCCCAUCAUGCACCUCCACCUACUACUCAGUCCACACAGUAUUACAGAAAAAGCUUUUAAUGCCUUUCACUCAUAACAGCUGAUAUAAGGAAGCUGGAGUAUAUGUAGUUCUACAUUACAUUAAAAUAUUGAUUUGAAUACUAUUAACACAUGAGCGAGGAUUUUGGAAGUGCAUUGGUGUGACAAAAAUGGUCAUUGCCAAUGUUAAUGGCCUACAACAACUGGUUCUCCUUACUCCUAUGGUGAAAAUUAAAUGAGACUGUAAUGAAUGGAAUUUUUGUGACUUUUUCAUGCCCUUUAUAAUGUUAAGAAGGUAGUAAAAGCAGAAAAUUUGUUGUUCUUUAAAGCCAUUUGGUACAUCAUUAAGUUCAUAGGAUUAUGAUAAAUUCUGCAUGUUGCAUUUUCAACUCUGCAACUUGUCACACUUUCUAGUCAACUUGCCUCGUAUUUAUUGUGUAAUAACUAUGCAUUUAUACAACAAAAUACACAGUAGUUACAAUUAUCACCAAACAACCUGACUUAACCUACCUUAUCUAUUUUACCUUUUGCUCAUGUGGGGCUACUGUGUAAUUUUUGUCUUCUUUUUUUUAUAUAGGUUAAUAUUAUGUAGUCAGUGCUUAUUUUGACUAUUUCUUGCAAUAUGCAAAAUUAUUAUAUAAUAAAUAUGGAAAAAGUUGAUGAGAAAGUGUGGCAAGAUGGUGUACACAGAAUUUGCAGCAUGCAGAAUCAUUCUAAUACGGAUUGCAAAAUUCCAGUGGAGAAACCCUACCUUCGGGAGACGCAUCAGGCAUCUGAGCACCACCAUUGCCAGAUCACUCCAAACAGAACAGAUCACUCCAAACCGUGAAAAACCAAGAAGCAGAAAUGCAACAAAACAAGCAAUUGCUUUGAAAAAAUUAGAGACCCAGAGGUUACAGGGCAUAUGAUUGUUGCUGCAGAGUAAACAAGCAACAAGACACGUAGAGAAUGAAUCUGAGCAAGAUUUGAAAAGUGUAUUCUAAGAAUUCUGAUUGGCGUAGGUUUUAGAGAGACUACCGAGAGGUGGGAGGAAAUAUUAAAAGGUGCAAGAGCACUGGAAUAUGGUAAUGCAGACUUUUUAUAUCUGGAGUGAUUAAAGAGGAGUCCCGGGCAUUGAAAAUUUUGUGAAUGAAAAUCUUAAUAUUUUUAAUUUGUAAGAAGAUAAUAUGAAAAUAUAAAGAUAAGGUUAAUACUGUAAGGCCAAUGUUAUACUGUAUCUACCACCAUAUUUGUGCCCAAGGAGGUACAGAUAGUUUGUUAGUUGUUGUGCAAUGACUGUUGAUUGUGUGCAAUAAUAAGAACUUGUAAUUGAGUUUGGAGCAAAUAUAGUAACAGAGUCAUGUGACAGUAAAAUGUGGAAGCAUACUUAUGGUUCUGCCAUAUUAUUUUUGUACAAGCAAUUUCAAAUUUUUGUACCUAUGCCUCAAUGUAUUAGAUGUAGUGUAUGACCCUUGUCCUGAGCUAGGAUAAGUGACUAUUCCUCUUGGAUGGGUUAGCAUUGAAACCGGUGACUUUCUGUAAGAGGCUGUUGGUUUUGGUGGCACUGUACUCACACUAUCGGCCAAUGCUUUCCUAGUAAUCAUGUGACUCCUAAACUAUUAGCCUCUUUCAGUAAUAUUGCUGUUUCUCCACAAUGCUCUACCAUUCUUUUUUUUUACUAUUUUUUUUGGAGGGGAGGGGCUUCCUCCACCCCCUCCUGGUGGCUUCCUGAAGCUCUUCUGCUGAUAUAGCUCUAUGCUAAAAGGUAACAUCAGUUGCAGUAGGUCUAUUUGGCCUUCUGAAGACCAGAGCCAGAACCUCCUCCCCUAGUAAUCUUCGUUUUCUUUCUCUGGUUAGUUUGGAAAGUCACUAGGGGGGGCGUCUCCAGAAACCCAGGGUUGAAUGUGAUAAAAUGACUCUAGUAGAUCCCUGGUGGCUCCCUGAUUUCCUCCCUCCCUUCCAGGCUCAUUGGUUCUUCAGCUUCAGAACUGAGAUGGGGGAGACAGUUGAGGGCUGCCUGGUGGUGGCAAUCAGUACUAAUGAAUUUCGAGCUAGAUUGAGUGACUCCCCUGUUCUGUGUGAAUUGUUUGCAGAGUUUAGCAGUUUCGAAACCUUCUGUGAACCCUCUAGUUGUUUGUAAAACUUUGCUGACUUUCUGAAUGCUUUCCCAGUGGGGAUUUGUCACUUGCUUCCUGUGGCUCUGUGAUGGCGGAGUGGGGGGGGGGGGUCCAUAUUCUGGUUUCUGGCAGACCAAACAGAACUUCCACAACUGAUGUGACCUUUUAGCAUGGAGCAAUCUCAGCAAAAUAGCUGCAGGGAGCCACUAGGCUAUUCCAGAAAGAGGCGUUUCAUUACAUUCAACACUGGGUGUUUUUGGGUCUGGGAGUCAAUGUUGCUAUGACUCAGCCUUUGGUGGAUUUAUUGUGUAAAUACAAAAUUGCCUGAAUGCUUUUUGGGUGUUUCCAGUUAUGAAAUUAAAUUUUGCUUCUGAUAUGUUGUAUCUGAAUAUUUGUAGGUUUAUACAGCAUAUUGCUGAUUAUAAAAGGUUUCUCCUCAACGAUUGUGGGUACUGAGUGUGACAAUACAGUACAGUAUCUACAUAUUAACAUUGAUAUCUUCAAUUUGUUAUUUAAGUGUCUAUAAUGCUCUACAAUUAUUUUGAGUGAGCUAUUCUAUACAGUACUUGGAGUAAUAAAACUAGUUGUGAAUGUAUAUUAACACUGAUGCAAUGUUCAUUAUUAGUGGAUUUUAGAAACAAGCCGUUCGUGCUGAUAAGAAUAUUACUAUCAUUUUAGUACAGUAUCUUAAUUUGAAAUUGAAUAUCUCAAAAUGCAGGGAAACAUAUAGCUGUUGCAAGAAGUAUGGAGAGUUGAGGUCUGUGACUGGUGUAUGGCAUCUGUGUUGUUGCUAACUUGGUGAACCUUUUGCCACACUAAUGCUUGGAGUCUCUUGCUCUGGUGUGGUGUUUCAUGACGUGUGUGCCGCAGUGUUCAGUGUUACUUCCUAGGAAUGUCCUUGCUGAUAAUUGUAUAUAUAUAUAAUAGUAAGGGAAUUGGUGAUGUCCUCUAUUUGUUAUUUUAACAAAUGCAUCUUUGUUAUUAAGACAUCAACUAUAAUUUCAGAUUUUUUAACAAAUUUUGUAUUUGUCAUAUAGAAAUAUAUUUUGAUGGUAUUGUACUGUAUUUAUAAUACAUGAAAUGAGA